AAGCUAAGCUGUUUUUGAGUGAGCAAGUGAGGGUGAGUGAGUAAGAGUUUUUACUCUGUCAAAGUGAGAAAGUUUCCUGAGUUUAUACUAAACACGAUUCAGUAAAAAUUAGCCUGCGAGUGGAGUAACAGCUGUCUGUUUUGGCGGUUUAACUGAAUCCGUUUACUUAUACAGUUUAUUGUAACCUGCUUUCAAGUAUUUUUAUAAAAAAGGCUAGGCUAAUUUAGAAAUAUGAUUCAUGUUAUACGUACUUUCUUCGCCAUUGGCAAUGCACUCUGCUUUAUUGUGAACACACUCGUCAAUUUGUUGUUGCCACGCCAAAAACCAAAUUAUCCAGCAAUACAAGACGCGUUACUAUUAAAGUCAGUCGGCGAGUUGGUUGUGGAGUUACGACAGAAAAAGGUAACCUCUCAUAAGCUAGUUCAGGCCUACAUUAAGCGCAUUCAGGAAGUAAAUGCCAGUUUGAAUGCAGUUGUGGAGGAUCGCUUCGAGCAAGCGCUGAAGGAAGCACAACACGCCGAUGGCUUGAUUGCCAAAGCUAGCAAUGAGCAGCUGGUUGCGCUCUUCGCUCGCUACCCCUUACUGGGCAUACCGUUUACUGUGAAGGAAUCGGCUGGAUUGAAGGGUCUUUCCUUUGUUGUCGGCAAUAUCUAUCGAAAGGAUUUGAAAUGUGAUAACGACAGUGAAAUGGUGGAACGAUUACGAUCAGCCGGAUGCAUACCACUUUUGGUGUCGGCAAAUCCAGAAUUUUGCAUGAGCUACGAAACAAAUACUAAAAUGAAUGGAAAAUGUCGCAACCCUUAUGAUCCAAAUAGAGUGUCUGGCGGUUCAUCAGGGGGUGAGGGUGCUCUAAACGGCGCUGGUGCAACACCUUUUGGUUUGGGUUCCGAUAUUGGAGGCUCCAUCCGUUUGCCAGCAAUGUUCUGUGGUGUCUUUGGACACAAAGCAACGGGUGGUUUGCUCUCAAUUAAAGGCAAUUUUCCCUUCGUUGAUGAUCCAAUAUUUUCACAAUAUCUAACGACUGGUCCAAUAACUCGUUUUGCCAAAGACUUGCCCAUAUUACUGCAGGUGAUGGCUGGUGAAGAUAUAGAGAAAUUAAAGUUUCACGAACCAGUUCCGUUAAAGGAUAUAAAGAUCUACUAUGCUAGUAGUUUUAGUGGCUGUGCUGCUUUGAUGCAUCAACCAACUGAUUUCGAUAUCAAAUUAGCCAUAACGCGAGCGGUGAAAUGUUUCCAGAAAGGUGGACUAAAAACAGAAGAGUUCAAUUUAGACAAAUUCGCUCACGCAAGAGAAAUUGGCUUGCGUGCGCUCUCAGAUCUGCACGGCAUACCAAGCGUGACUAACCAAGGUAAACCCAAAAUAUCGAAAUUAAUUGGUGAGCUGGUGCUUUCACUUUUUGGCCUAUCGGUGCAUAAUCGUGACGCUGUAUUUAUGGAAUGGAUGCGCACGGAAAGAAUAUACUUUUCCAACGAGGAAGCGGAAGGAUUUCGAGUUGAAGGCGAAGCAUUGAAGAAGGAAUUGGUGAAAAUGCUCGGCGAAAAUGGUGUACUCUUCCUGCCCACAUUUCCCACCUCAGCAUUUGCUUUCAAUACAGCCACAUUGAAUUUGGUGGGCGUAGAUUUGAUGUUAUUAUUUAAUAUCUUGGGUUUACCAGCAACGCAUGUCACCAUGGGCUUAGAUCACAGAGGACUUCCAAUUGGUUUUCAGGUGGUCGCUGCGCCCUAUCAGGAUAAACUCUGCCUGCAAAUCGCAGCAGAAUUGGAAGGUGCAUUCGGUGGUUGGGUGCCACCACUGCCGCAUGAAAUAAAAAGUUGAUUAUUAUAUGAAUUUUAAAAAGUUUAGUUGGUGGUUGGCUUGAUUUCAAAAAGCUUCAGAAAGCUUUUCAACAUAUGUAUGUAUGUAUGCAAUUUUAGUGUUCUGUGGUACUUAGUUCGAAUAUACAUUCAUCUAUUUAUACAACUAAUAUUUCUAAGUCAUUAUUAUUGAUCAUUUGUGCUUUACUUAAUAAAUGGCAAUAAUUAAUUACUUAAUUAAGUUAUCAGGGCGACCAUAAUUUUAUGGUUACGCCAUUAGCUUAGUUUUAAUUUUUAUGACAAAAUAUACAUAUAUGUGUGAAUAUCUUUAUAU